CCUUUAUCUCCUAUUUUCCUUUGAGGAUGAGUGGCUCUGUCAAGUAUCUCAGCCUUUACUCACGACUACUUCAUUCUCAACAGACCUUCAUCAUCAUGCUCAUCUCCACCGUUGAUCUCCCAGAAAUCCGACGGCUGCCGGCGGCCGUCCUCCUCCCUCUCCUUCUCCUCUCCCUCUACCUCCUCCGAAAGCUUCCCUCACUAUUCUCUCCAAAUUACUCUAACCCUAAAAACCUCCCACCGUCGCCGCCGAAGCUUCCAUUGUUAGGCAACCUGCACCAGCUGGGCCCGAGCCCGCACAAAAUCCUGCGAUCCCUCGCCGGAAAACACGGCCCGUUGAUGCUCCUCCAUCUGGGCAAUGUGCCACUCCUCGUCGUCUCCUCUGCCGCCGCCGCCGAGAAAGUGCUAAAAACCCACGACCGGAUCUUCUCGAGCCGGCCGGAGAUCGCCGUCGUGGCGGCGAUCUACGGCGGAAAAGACGUAGCCUUUUCCCCCUACGGCGAGUAUUGGCGGCAGGUAAAAAGCAUCUGUGUUCAUAAGCUGUUGAGCAGUAAAAAAGUGCAGUCUUUCAGGAACGUUCGGGAGGAGGAGGUUGCAAUAAUGGUGGACAGAUUUAGGGCUUCCUGCGACGAUCAUCGACGGUCGCCGGCGGCGAUCAAUGUCGGGGAGGAGUUUGCAGCUCUUACUAAUGAUGUGAUCUGUAGGGUUGCUUUGGGGAAGAAGUACAGUGAUGGGGAAGAAAGUGGGAGGAAGUUUAAAGAGGUUUUGGAGAGUUUGGGGGUGCUUUUGGGGAGUUUUAAUGUCGGGGAAUUCAUUCCAUGGCUUGGUUGGAUCAAUUGGUUGAAUGGGUGGAAUGGGAGAGUUAGGAGAGUUGCAGAGGAUCUUGAUGAGUUCUUGGAGGCUGUGGUGAUGGAGCAUUGGGAGAAUUCGAGGAAUCGGGGGGAGGAUGAUAAGGAUUUCGUCGAUGUUUUGCUCGAUAUUGGGAGGAAUGGGGAGGGUGGUUUUCAUCUUGAUGCAACUUCGACUAAGGCUGUGAUCUUGGACAUGUUUGCUGCCGGGACUGAUACAACAUUCACGCUUAUGGAAUGGACAUUGUCGAAGCUCUUGAAGCACGAGAAUACAAUGAAGAAACUAAAGAAGGAACUUAAAAACGUCGCAAGGCACAAAAGCAAGAUAACCGAAGACGAUUUAGACAAAUGCAAAUACUUAAAAGCCGUCGUCAAGGAGGUCUUACGCCUCCACCCGCCGCUUCCCUUGCUCGUUCCUCGCAAGACAACCCGAGACGUCAAGAUAUUAAACUACGAUGUUUUAGCCGGGACACGGGUUGUUGUCAACGCGUGGGCUCUCGGAAGAGAUCCGUCGUUGUGGGAAGAUCCCGAGGAUUUUAUCCCGGAAAGGUUUAUGAAUAAUUUGGUAGAUUUCAAAGCGCGGUUUCAGUUUAUCCCGUUUGGCGGAGGUCGAAGAGGGUGUCCCGGCAGCGCAUUUGCCCUUGGACUUGCCGAACUUGCGCUAGCGAACCUCGUGCUCAACUUCGAGUUUGAACUACCCGAUGGAUCGAGAGGCGAAGAUUUGGAUAUGUCGGAGGGCGAAGGGAUCACUAUUCAUAGGAAGUAUCCGCUCUCGGUUAUUCCUCGUUGCGACUCUACGUUGAGUUUUGUCGAAUAAUAGGUCGAUGUCGAGGGGCCGUGGCUCGAGUUUAGCGAGUAAAAUUAGGUAUAGAGUAUUUUCUAUAUGAUUUUAAGUUUUGCUGUGAGAUAUAGAGAAUUGUAAAAUUGUUGUAAAUGUCGAUGUUUUAUGUGUUUUUGUUGAAUUUAUUAUAAUAGUAUAUAUUAUGGUAUAUCGAUGUAUAUUUUG